AUGGAUGACGUGAAGCCUGCAGCGUGGCGGCGACAGCGGGGAAAGGGCAGAGCUGAUACCUGUGGGGCAAAUCCUUCUCUGGGGAAUGGGAACCCCCACCCCCCGAGCUUGGCAUGGAGCUGCUGGGAGCUGGCAUCUGUAAUCACUGCUGGCCUCCUCCUGCUCUACAUCCCGCUGUGCUACGAGGAUUUCCAUUUCCAUGUGGCUCAUGUGUAUGCUCGCCUGGGGUACCCCAAUGCCCAGCACAUCCUGGGACAGAGGUAUUUGCAAGGAGCUGGAGUGGAAAAAAAUGAGGACAUGGCCAUGCACUGGUUCAGGCAGGCUGCAGGGCAGGGCCAUCCCCACUCCUCCUUCAACCUGGCAGUGGGGACACUCAGAAACAUGACCGUGGCAUUUGAAGAAAGGGAAGUGGAGAAACUCCUGAGUGUGGCAGCAGCCCAUGGGCUCCUAGAAGCUCAGCAACUUUUGGAAAAUGUCUUCAAGAGCAGAAACCUUCCCUGAAUGACUGCUGCAACACAGAUGCUGGUCUGACCUUGUCUUCUUCUGCACUUACCAACUCUACCUUCUCCUUGCUGAGUGUCUAGUCUUCAGGAAUUUGAAACAUUCACUGGACAUUCCAUUCACUUUGUGCUGCACCUCCACGGUCAGGUCUAUAUCAGCCAUGUGCUGCUGCUCCUUCUCCAUUUGCUUCCUGGUUUGCCACUUCUGAAAACCACUGGAAAGGUGAAGAGGAGGAGGUCAAUAGCCUUCAAGGUGAGGUGAAGAAGAGGAGGUCAAUAGCCUUCAAGGUGAGGUGAAGAAGAGGAGGUCAAUAGCCUUCAAGGUGAGGUGAAGAAGAGGAGGUCAAUAGCCUUCAAGGUGAGGUGAAGAAGAGGAGGUCAAUAGCCUUCAAGGUGAGGUGAAGAGGAGGAGGUCAAUAGCCUUCAAGGAUUAAAAGCAUAUGAAUAUUUCUGAAAAACUCCCAUCGCUGUUGCACCAACUCAUCUGCUAGUGCUGAGUUAGAUCCAAAUAUUGAUCUGCAGUGUUGCUUCUUCCAUGUGUGUGC